CGGCGAUUGACUACGCCGAGGUCCACCCUUCCACACUUCUCUCCAUCCUCAAGGGGGGCAGUGACAUUUUCUCCCCUUUCCCUUCCGUUGCCUCCCCCUCAUCUUGCUCCCCUUCCUCCACAUGUUUGCCCGCCUGUCAAUGUCGAGCUGUCAUCCGUCAUGUCAUGCCCGUCUGCUGUCGCUGUCCGUCAUUCCCGAGAGGCCCCCUUUCCCGCCACGGACGGCAUCGCUGUAUUCCAUGCAUAUUCCUGAUUUGAUAUAUUCCCCGAUUUUCCUUCUCAUGUGAGAGUGGUACCAUGCCAUCUCAUUCUUGGUAGAGUACCAUAUCCUCAUCAUGAUAUUGGGUUUGAAACAAGACAAUAUCCUCAGUUAGCUCCGUUCCUUUCCUGGCUCUCGGAAUCCCCUGUUCCGUCCAUCGAUUUGCACCAGAAAAUACUCUUAUUCUCGGUCAUGACAUGGAGCCUUGCCCUGCCUUACGUUGCCUUGCCCACCCAUCAAAUUGAUGGUGCUAUGCACCGCACCUGUCAAUAUCAACACAAGGCCACAUCUCUGUACCCCAUGGUCUGUCUCUGCAGUGUCUUGGCCUGUCACCCUCCCUUCACCUUGAACCCUUCAUUCACCGUUAACGUCACGGUAGCAUCGUGUCUGUCCAUCCAAUGUCGCUUUCGUCACGGUCGCAUGUUCACUCCCAAACCAUCUGGAUGGAUGGAGCUCAAUCACCUUGUCACCCAAGACAGUCAGUCAGUCAGUCACAGUCCCCUCACCCUCACCCUCACCUCCCUGGCUCAUUGUCCUCACCACCGAUUAUCAGUGGAACACCACGUUUUUCCUUCACUUCAGUUCUUCAACGUUCCCAAGCUCAAACGCCUUGAAAGUCGCCAAGAUGAGAUUGUCGCUGCUGCUAGUUUUCUAGCAAACGGACCUCCGAAACGAAAAGAACAAGACUUCAUGUGCUCGUAUCUCCACCAAACGAGGAGAUGCAAGAAAACUGAUUGUGAAUUCGACAUCAGCGUACUUGAAACUAUCAACAUAGUAGUCUUUUGGAUAGUAUAG